AUACGUAAACGUCUAACGUAGUGCACUGAUUAUUCACAUGUCUGUUUCCGGCUAAGACUUUCCUUCUUUUUAGCAAGAUGGCUCCUAAAGCGAAGCCCACGGAAAAGUCAGCCGGCAAACCGGCUGAGAAAAAAACGGAAAAGAAAACUGAGAAGAAACCAGCUACUGUAGCUUCUACAUCGAAAGUUACAAAACCAGCUGCGAAAACAUCCACCACUACAAAGAAAGCUGCAGCUGGAGCUGCUAAAACGACAACUUCUGUGAAGCCUGCAGCAAAACCAGCAGCAAAACCUGCACCUAAAGUUAAUGCAAAACCAGUAGUUGCAAAAUCUAAGAAAAAUGUUCAACCUCCGAAGAAAAUACCUAAGGGUGGAAAAACAGCUGCCCCACUUCAGAAAGCACUUAAAACUCAGAAAAAGGUUUUGAAAGGUGUUCAUGGAUCAAGAGUAAGGAAAAUAAGGACAUCUGUCCACUUCUACCGGCCAAAAACAUUUAGGCCACCAAGGGACCCGAAAUAUGCGAGAAAAUCUGUUCCAAAUAGAAAUCGUAUGGAUGCAUUUAAUAUCAUCAAAUUUCCAUUAACCACCGAAGCUGCUAUGAAAAAGAUUGAGGACAACAACACAUUAGUUUUUAUCGUGCAUACUCGUGCGAAUAAGUACCAUAUUAAAGCUUCCAUUAAGAAACUGUACGACGUUGAUGUGGCUAAAGUUAACACGUUAAUUAGACCCGAUGGUAAAAAGAAAGCGUAUGUACGUAUAACCCGUGAUUAUGAUGCGCUUGAUGUUGCUAAUAAAAUUGGUAUAAUAUAAA